AUGCGUCCCAUGAGAACAAGUAGCACACCCAAGAGGCAUGCUGCCGAGACGCUUUGCGCCAGCGUCAAAACCCGCAGAGUAACAGCAAACAUGCCGUCCGCCGAUAAGUACACCGACCCCAAGCUCCGCGACGAGAUCAAGGAAGAAGUGAAGCAGUCCGACAAGGGCGGUGCACCCGGCCAGUGGUCUGCACGCAAGGCGCAGUUCAUGGCCUCGGAAUACAAGAAGCGCGGAGGCGGCUACAAAGACGACGGCAAGAAGGACGAGUCGCAGAAGAACCUCUCGAAAUGGGGCGAAGAGGAGUGGCAGACCAAGGAUGGAUCUGGCGAUGCCAAGCAGGAGGACGGCAGUCGCAAGCGCUAUCUGCCCAAGAAGGCGUGGGAGAACAUGUCGGAGAAGGAGAAGAAAGAGACCGACGACAAGAAGCAGAAGCAGAGCAAGCAGGGCAAGCAGUUCGUCGCCAACACGGACAAGGCGGCCGACGAGCGCAAGAAGGCUUCUCAGAAGGGUAAGCAGGAUGAUGACGAUGAGGAAGACGACGACGAGGAAAAGGAGGAGGAGGAAGACAGCGGAAAGCAGAAACAAGCUCAGUCAAAGUCGAACGGCAAGCAGACUCAAGGAAAACAGCAGAAUGGCAGCAAGAACAAGUCGCAGACCAACGGCAAGAACCAGAAGCAGAAUGGCAAGAAGAGCCAGAAGGAAGACGAGGCUGACGAGGAUGAGGAAGAGUACGAGGAGGAGGAAGACCAGGAUGAUGAAGACCAGGAUGACGAAGACGAGGCCGAAUACCAGGAAAGCGCAGACGACGCUGAGGAGGAGCCUCAAGCUGGAGACAAGCGAGGCAAUGGCACCAAGCAGAAGCAGGAGACGCAGCAGAAGAAGCAGAAGACCAAGAAGUGA